AGUUUGGGAACAUUGAAACAAAUUCAAAUGAAUGUCUUGUGCUAGUUGUUAUUUAAAUAAGUUAUUAUAAUUGUUUUGCUCGAAAGUAAGGCUGUUUAAAUGAUUCGUCGGCAUAAGUGUGGUGAAUGUGCUUUUUCGAGAUGUGGUAACUACGUUCGAUGCAGGAGAGCUGCAUGAAGAUAUGUCAUUAAAGAGAGUUUGAAGGUUGGUAGGCGACAUGGGCGACAUGGGCGACACUGCAGACCUGGCGGCCGACACCGAGAACUGGAUGGGCAGGCUGCCGGAGGCCCUGAGGGCAGUGCCUCUCAUUCACCUGGCCAUCCCCGGCUCCCACGACUCUGGCAGCUGCACCAUCACGCCUGAUGCUGCCGUGUCUCCUGACUCUCUACCCGUGGUGCGGCGUCUGGCUGCGGUGUUCUGUCGCCUCGUGAAACGCUGCAUCUACCGCUGGUCGGUGACGCAGCGUCUGUCCGUGACCCAGCAGCUGGCUCAUGGCAUCAGGUACCUGGACUUGCGAGUCUCCUCCAAGCCAGAGCAGAAGGAGCUGUACGUGGUGCACGGCAUGUAUGGCGCGCCGGUGAGCGGUGUGCUGGAGGAGGUGAACAGUUUCCUGCUGCAGCGGCCGAACGAGGCUGUGAUUCUUGACCUGCAGCACUUCUACCAAAUGACGCCGGAGCACCACUCGGCGCUGCUGGCGCUGGUGGUGCGCACCUUCGGGCCUCGCCUCUGCCCUGUGGUGCGCUCCCUGGAGGAGGUGACACUGAGCUGGCUGCGCGCCCGAGGCUUUCAGGUGAUAGUGGUGUACCGCAGCGCUGCGGCACGGGGAGACCCCAGCUUCUGGCCGGCCGGCAGCUGGCCUACGCCCUGGCCAGACACCACAUCUGUGCCCGCCAUGCUGGCCUUCCUGGAGGACAAGAUGGCUGCCCGACCCGCCAACUGUGGCCUGGUGACGCAGUGUGUGCUCACACCCGACGUCAGGUUCGUGCUGCUGCAUCUGUGGUCAGACCUGCAGCGCAGCCUGGCGCAGCGCUGCGACGCGGCCAUCCUGCCCUGGCUGCGUCAGCUGCGUCCGGGCCCCAAGGGCGUCAACGUAGUCAUCUACGACUUUGUGGGCUCCGCCUGCUGCCUCGCGCGCGCCGUCAUCAGCCUCAACCGGCCUGCCUCACCUGCCUCGCCUGCCUCGUGAACACAUGUCUGCUUCUCUUCUCGGCGUGCUUUCCGUGCACUGCUCUCGCAAGCAUUCCUUUUGCAGUCAGUCUUCAAUUUCAGACUUCCCCUUUGAAAUUGAAUGUGAUGGAAUAGUUUUCCCAAUGAUCUCAAUGCGCAGCUUUCUAAAGUAAUGACAUAAUAAUACUGAAUCUUCAACCAGUGAUUUUCACUAACUUAGCCAAUGGUUGUUUGUGGGGGGGGGGGGGGGGAUGUUCAGUUUUGAAUGCUAGUUUUCUGGAGAGUGUCAUGUUCUCCAUUGAAAAUGUGUUUGUGAAAUCGUAACUAAAUUUAUUAUUUAUUUUAGUAUGUACCUGACAUGGUGAAUCUCCAUCCAAGAUAGCAAUUGAAAUAAUUUACAAUUAAUGAAAAGUGUACACUGCAGCAUGUAAAUCUGUGUUAGUCGAGGUGUAUAUUUGCAGUGCUGUCCUGUAGUGCAAGCAGUGAAUGUGACAAGGUUUAUUACAGAGCCCUCCAGCCAUUCUGAACACUUGGAGUUCUUGCUAAGUGGUUUAUUUCAGUUGAUGAGGUGUUGAAAAAUAAAACUACUUGUCGUGAUGUGUUGUAACUUGA